AUGAAGCCGCUCGCGGCAUACCUUCUGUCCAUUCCCUUACUGGCGGCACAACUCUCAGCAGCUGUAACAAUAGACUGCGAACGUAUUGUGGUGGAUGGAAAGAGGUUCGACCUAUCGAAGCUUGCCGGUCGACAUUCCGUCAGCGUCCACGACACGACAAGGCCACCAGCCGAAUAUAAUACCACCUGGACCCUCGAUCUUUGCGCACCCCUCAAAAAGCUAAAAGGUGUACGGGACGAGGAUCAAUGUCCAUCGGGUACCAGAGUGUGUGGUGUUGUGAGGUCGUGGAAUGCCGUCGAUGAUCCCGAGCAAAAGCAUGUCCAGGUCGAGAAUGUGAUUCCUGUCGCCGGAAACUUCGAUUCCACCACCGGGAAGAGUCUAGCUCCGAGAGUCUCUCGGCUCAAAUCCCAGGACUCGGAUUCCGAUGGCCUUCAGAUCGAACUGAAUGGCGGCUACUACAAUAAACGGAAGCAGCGAGCGGUGGUCGAGUUACAAUGUGACAAAGACCGAACAGGCGAUGAAGAGAAGAGAAAAGUGAAGCGAGAUGAUGAUGAAGACGGAGAUGAGGAACAGGAGCCUCUCUCGUCCAGUCUCUCGUUUGUGAGCUACGGUCCGGUUGGGGGCAAGGAGCAGAUCGAGGUGCUCCGACUCGACUGGAAAACCAAGUACGCUUGUGAAGACUAUGCCGACAGUGAUGGGGCGAAGAAGACUGGCUGGGGCUUCUUUACUUGGUUUAUCUUGGUUGCAUUCCUCGGCAUCGCCGCAUAUUUGAUCUUUGGUUCCUGGCUCAACUACAAUCGCUAUGGAGCGCGAGGCUGGGAUCUACUCCCUCACGGCGAUACCAUCCGAGAUAUCCCAUAUAUCGUCAAGGACCUUUCACGGAAAGUGGUAGACACCGUUUCAGGCGGCGGCACUAGAGGCGGAUACAGUGCUGUAUGA